AUGGGGGGCGCAAAGUCUGAUAUGGGUGUCCCAGAGAGUCCAAGCAACUACCAAUACGUUGCUUCUAUGUCACAAACGAUUGAAAAAGCACCAGAUACUGAUACUUCUCACUGCUUGUUGUCCACCAUCAUGUAUUUCCUUGCAUCUUUGGCUACCAUUGCUCUUGCAUCUCAAGGCGCCCUCGCUGCGACUGCCUUUGGAUGGGCUACUGGUACAACCGGAGAGCUGACCUCCAGCUUUAGGCUUGAAGAUAGCACUCCUCGGACCAUCAUACUUGACAAGACAUAUGAUUUUACCGAUACAGAGGGAGAUGCCACUGGACCAGGAUGUGUUCCAUGGACUUGCUCACCCAACGCUCAGCUUGCGCUUGAUGGACCUAACUGGUGUGCUUCCACUCCAACCAAGAAGAGCUCAGUCAUAUUCACUAAGGGGACCUUUACCUAUAAAAAAGCUGCUACUACGGCCAUUCGAAUUGGCUCAAAUAAGACACUGCGUGGAAAGGGCAAUAGUGGAUGGAUCAAAGGAAAAGGUCUAAGUAUUGUGGGUUCAACGAAUAUUAUCAUACAAAACAUCCGUAUUUCGGACUUGAACCAGAAGUAUGUUUGGGGAGGAGAUGCACUCACAAUCUGGGGAGGAAGUAAAAUCUGGAUUGACCACAACUAUUUCAAAGAUGUUGGUCGACAGUUUAUUGUUACGGGGUUUGAUCCUUCUAUGCAAGUCACAAUCUCAAACAACUAUUUCGAUGGGCGAGCAACCUACACACCAUUCUGCGAUGGAUAUCACUACUGGGGCACAAUAGUUAGCGGGAAGGCCGACACUGUCACCUUUGCAUAUAAUUACGUCUAUCAUGCAUCGGGACGUGCUCCUAAGGUAGGAGGCGAUGCUUCUAGCACACAAACAAUACACAUGUACAACAAUUACUUCCACGAUAUCAGUGGCCACGCACUUGAUGCGGCUGGCGGGGCACGCAUUCUGUUUGAAGGCAAUUACAUUGAGUCGGUCAAGACACCUUCAACGGGUAACAAGGAUGGAGCCGUAUUUGCUCCUACCUCUUCAUCAAUGAAUGCCCAGUGCGCCAACGCCAUUGGUAGAAACUGUGUAUCCAAUACUCUCGUAUCCUCAGGGAGCCUUUCCAAUGCAGCCAACUCAGGAGUUUUGGGUGAUUUCAAGAAAUCCUUUGUCACAUCGAACAGGGUUCUCGACGCCUCUGCGGUCAAGGCCCACGUUCUCGCCAAUGCGGGACUAGGAAAGAUUUAA